AUUCUUCCCAUUACCAGCAAGUUUUGUGUAAGUAUUUUAAUAAUUUUAUGUAUUUUUAGAAAACAAAUGAUGAAAAUCUUGUCGAAUUUGGUUGUCAAACCAAAAAAGCUGCUAAAUGAGAACCCUUUAACCUUUAAUAAAUAGUUAACAAACAACAAAUUGGGAGAAAAGGGGCAAUUUGGUCAAUUGGUAUUGGCGGGCAUUUCGCCUGAAUUAGGGAUAUCACCAUACCACUACUCCUGUCUCCUAACACAACAAACAUUUCACCAAAAAAACCACAUACUUACUCCAAUAACACACACAGUAUCCAGAUUACUCUUUCUUUCUCUACAACAGUUUCAAGAUCAAAACAGACAACACACAUCUGUCGUUUCUUUCAGUCCUACUGAAUUUCGAAGGAGAUGAACAUUAAUGACGAUGAGACGAUAGAUUAUGUGUAUAAAGUGGUGGUGAUUGGUGAUUCUGCGGUGGGGAAGACGCAGAUGCUGUCAAGGUUUACGAAAAAUGAGUUCUUUUUUGAUUCGAAAUCGACGAUCGGAGUUGAGUUUCAGACGAGAACACUGAAUAUUCAGUCGAAGGUUAUCAAAGCUCAGAUCUGGGAUACUGCUGGUCAAGAAAGAUAUCGAGCUGUAACAAGUGCAUACUACAGGGGAGCAUUAGGGGCAAUGUUGGUAUACGACAUCAGCAAAAGAGAAUCAUUCGAUCAUGUUGCAAGAUGGGUUGAAGAGCUUCGUGUUCAUGCAGAUAAAACCAUUGUUAUUGCUUUGAUAGGAAACAAAGCUGAUCUUGAAGAGAAAAGAGCAGUUCCUUCAGAAGACGCCAUGGAAUUUGCAGAAAAUCAGGGGUUGUAUUUCUUUGAAACCUCCGCACUUACAGGUGACAAUGUGGAAGCUGCUUUCUUUAAGCUUUUAGAAGAAAUCUAUUCUGUGGUUUCGAAGAAGACAUUGGAACAUGAUGUUGGGAAAUCAAAUGGGGAUUCUUUGAAUACGCUUAAAGGCUUGAAAAUUGACGUUAAUGGAGGACCUGAUUUGGAGAUUAGUGAGAUGAAAAAGUUAUCUUCUUGCUCUUGUUGAUUAAUCCGAGUAUGUUGAAAGGAAGUGAAAGUCGAAUAUCACACGUAUUGUUUGUUAACUUAAAAAUUACAAAAGAAAAUACAUAUAAAUAUAUAUAUUGGAAGACAUAUAUAUGGGUGUGUGUUAUUGCGAGGAUGCCAUUUUAAUUGUGUUUAAAGUUUUUUUUUUGUUAACUUAUUUUUCGUUUGUUUAUCCAUAAAUUGCCAUUUUGUUCUGCAAAUAUCGAGCAGAUAUUCAAUUUAUUACGGUAUAUAUAAUAAUGAAACAGUUAUAUUAUCAAUAAAAAUAGUUUGUUUUAGCCUUUAUUUGUUUAG